AUGGACAAUGACUUCCGCCAAAUCUCAGUAUUACCGCAAUUGGCUAAAGUCUUAGAAAGCAUCCAACUUAAAUUAAACAGAGGGGACCUUAAGAUCAAAGAUAAUCAACAUGCACUUACACACGGUAGAUCAACUGUAUCUGCACUGGCGAGCAUCACACAAAAUUGGUUCAACAAGACUGAAAACUCACGUGAUGGAAGAAUGGGUGUCCACGCCCUAUUUAUCGACUUUUGCAAAGCAUUUGAUCUGGUGGACCACGGAUUCCUUUUAAGGAAGCUCGCCAAAAUGAACGUGUCGAAAAGCUUCUGGCUAUGGACAAGGAGCUUUCUAGAAGGGAGGAGUCAGCAAGUAAAAUUACGAGGUGCUCUGUCAUCUAUAAGGCCUUGCCUUACCGGAGUCCCCCAGGGAUCUGUUAUAUCACCAACAUUGUUUAAUGUUCAUGUGGAUGACCUCGAAGACUGCAUUCCCAGUUAUCUGGACAUCAACACGCACAAAUACGCAGAUGACUGCACUCAAGAUGAAGUGAUUCCAUAUGGUUCUACUAGCAACAUGCAAGAGGUGCUUGAUACAAUAAACGACUGGGCACUCAGAAACAAGAUGAAACUUAACGCGAAAAAGACGAAAGACAUGUGGGUCUGCUUUAAAGCUGCAAUUCCGGAACCACCAUCACUUAAGAUUGGCGAUAAUACGAUUGAAAGAGUAAACACGUUCAAGCUGUUAGGUCUUUGGAUUAAUGAUACCCUUAAAUGGAACACCCAUAUUGAAGAAAUUACAAAGAAAGCAAACAAACGCUUAUUCUACCUACGGGAAUGUCGUCGAGCAAAUCUACCAACCAAAGUGGGUUUAACGUGCUAUAAAACCAAAUUAAGACCGGUUCUAGAAUAUGCGGCCCCAAUAUGGGGUGGUCUGCCACAAUACCUUACAGACGAACUGGAGAGUAUCCAGGCUAGAAGCCUGAAAAUUAUUGGGCUACCUUCUGAUUCUCUUCAGUCUCUAGAGCAACGUCGGGAUAAUCUUGCCAUUCGUGAAUACAAGAAAAUCAUUAAUGAUGAAACGCAUCCAUGCAUGCAGGAAAUAUACCUGACAUAG